AUGCGUCCUACUCUCGCUCUCCGGGCUUUCCGCCCGACCCUCCGCAUGAGGUCGCCCGUCCCUGUGAGUUCUUCCUCGGCGAGGACCAAGCCGGUAUGUCGAAAUUUUUGCGAUGCCAUUGACACCGACGGCAGCUUUUGGCUGGUUGAUCGGAACAAGAGGCGCCACACCGUCUCGCAGAGGCUCCGCAAGCUCAGGAGGAUCCCUCCCGAGUUGAUCCCCCUCGGUGUCGUCGUCGGCUUCGCCGUUUUCGCUGCCGGCUACUCCAGCAUCCGCCACUUCAUGGUUGAUGGCACCAUCCGCCUUAAGCGCCAGGGCCCCAAGCACAGCGACAGCCAUGGCGAGGAGUCCCACUAAAUCAGGAUAUCGGAGGUCUGGGUGGGAAACGAGGAAUGGACUUGGUGUCCGUGUGCUACUACAGUGACGACACAAUGUAUAUGUCGAGCGAGCAGCCAAGACAAAACCAGACUGGGUCGAAAACAUUGCAUUUUUAUUUGUCCUCUUG